AUGGCUACCCUAUUGGUUCAGGGCAUUGUUCAAAUAUGGAAUGGGAAGACCGGGAUGUCGAAAACACAGAGUUCAUUCAUUGAAGCAGUGGUAGGGAACAAGGAAAUUAAAAUGGUGCUCUAUUUGGACACUGGAAAAAUCAAAAGUUUACAGCUGUAUAAUAAUGUUAAAGAUGUGAUCCGUAGAACCAAUGAAGACCAAAACUACCUCCAUUUAACUUUCCAAAAUAAUGAUUUCUUGUUUAUUGAAAAAUUAUCCACCCCAGACGCCAAGCAGUUGAAGGUAUUCCUAGACCGGGUCUGUAAACAUAAGAUUAAACCAUCUAUAAGAUAUGUUAAGGGUACAGAUGGUGUUUCCUCUACGACCACACAGGAAACGUUUCAGAACACUUCAGUGAACAAAGUCAGCGAGGAAGCAAGCGGUGGAAGCUUUGAGGCAGCCAGAAAAAGUAGGGUAAAAUGGAAUGAGAUUCAGAAGUCUCUUUUCUUGUGCCCACAGAAAGUAUUGCAAGGUUUCCCCAAUGUGGGAAACACCUGUUACAUAAACGUAGUUUUACAGUCUUUAUGUUCAGUUCCACUGUUUAUUAAUGAUUUAUUCAAUCAGGGUUUCCCAUGGGUUAAGCUGCCAAGUGAUAAGUUUAACAUGUAUCUGAUGCAACUGCUAGUUUUGAAAGAUGUUUACAAUGUGAAAAUGAAGGAAAAGUUACUUAUUAAUAUAAAAAGAGCUCUUUCAGCUCAUGGGGAGAUAUUUGCUAUUGAUAGACAGAAUGAUGCUCAUGAGUUUUUAAGUCUCUGUUUAGUUCAGUUGAAGGAGACCAUAGAAAAAUUAAACUCUAUCUGGGACAUAAGCCGUGAAUUUGGGGGAAAUAAUUCAUUUCAACAGACCCUCAUGGAUUGUGCUCAGACUGAAACGCUUGCUUGUCCAGUCAGCAGUAAUUUUGACUUUGAGCUGUUGAGCUCUAUCUUCUGUAAAGCUUGUGGCACCAUUGUUCUAAAGGCAGAACCAAGCAGUUACCUCUCAGUCAACCUUCCCCAAGGAAUGAAAUCACAGACUUUGUCUGUUCAGUCCUGUCUGGAUCUUUUCUUUAGAGCAGAAGAGAUUGAGCAUACAUGUGAGAAGUGCAAGCACAGUAGGUCCAUUGUAGUGCAGAAGUUCAGUAGGCUACCCAGGGUCCUUAUUGUUCAUCUGAAGCGCUAUACCUUUAAUGAGUCCCUGGAAGUGACAAAGGAUGAGCAAAGUGUUAUUGUUUCCAAAUAUUUGAAGUUAUCUUGUCACUGUGGUAAGAACACCAAACCACCUCAUCCCCUUACUAAGAAUGGACUGGUGAAAGAUACUGAGUUAGUAACAUCCCUUUAUGAAACGAAGGCUGAAACCAUCAGCUCACCAUUAACUUCAUCGUCAAAAUCAGAGACUUUCCAAGGUGUGCAUAUGGGAUUAAACAAUGAAUCAGACCCACAGAACUUGGAGAGACUCCCUAAAAGAUCAAGAGGACAGCAACCAACAGAACUUGAUAAACAUUCUAUACUAAAUGUUGGUGACUCUGAACCGACAGAUGAAGACAAUGGGAUUUUUACAAAACUAAAGAAAUUUGAAGAAAUGGAUACAUUUGUAAUGUCAAGUUUUGAAAGUUUUAAGUAUAAAAUGUCCCAAACUCAAGAAACAUUCCAAGUACCCCAAAAUGCUCAGACGUGUGAAGAGAAGAAAAAUCAUAGAGGGUCUCUGGCACAAAUUCUCCUUCAAACUCUUCCAGAGUCAAAUGACUGGGGCCAGACAAAGAAUUUCAGAAGCCAAUCUACAGAAUUAAAUCCCAAGAAUGUUAAGCUGCAUCCCCAGUGUUCACAGCAAUCCCAUAAGACUACUGAAAACAAACCUGUUUUUGAUCAGAGGAGAAAGUCAAAAGCUAAGGAACCAAAAACAAGUGCCUUAACGGAGGGCAAUCAGCAAAUCUAUCGUCUCAUUGAUGUUAUAAGCCAUCUUGGGAGUAGUCCCCACGGAGGCCACUACAUCAAUGAUGCCUAUGACUUUAGGAAGAAGCUGUGGUUCAAUUUCAGUGAUCUAGAGGUAUCAAGUAUCAGGGAGGACCAUAUGCAGAAGGCUAGACUUUCCACUGGGUAUGUCUUCUUUUACAUGUAUAAUGAGUUCUUUGAAAAGCUGUUAUUACAGGAAAAGAACUCCAAACCUGAUAGCACGUCUUAG